CACACAUUCCUUCACUAAUCUCCAACCAAUUUUGUUUUUUCAUUCCACAAAGCUGAAUUAGCAUCAUGGGAGCCAACUUUUCGACUUUUGAGUUUGUGGAAAAAUCAUCAGACUCAUCAUCGUUGAUCCUCACCUUCCAUUCCACUGCUAAAUGGAACGCACACUUUCAUGCCUCCAAAGAAACUAACAAGCUCUUGGUCAUCGACUUCACUGCUACGUGGUGUGGACCUUGCAAAACCAUGGACCCAGUAAUAAAAGAAUUUGCUGCAAAAUACACAGACGUGGAGUUCAUCAAGAUUGAUGUGGAUGAGUUGAUGGAGGUCGCACAGGCUUUCCAGGUGCAAACAAUGCCAACAUUUAUACUGAUAAAGAAAGGGAAAGUAGUGGAAAAGGUUGUGGGAGCCAAAAAGGAGGAGUUGCAGAAGCUCAUUCAGAAACGCAGGAAUUGAUGAGUGCAUGCUUGCAUCUAUCUCGUACUGUAGUAAUAAAGUACUUUGGGAUGACUUUGGAUUAUAUAUAUAUAUAUAUAUAUAUAUAUAUAUAUAUAUAUAUAUAUAUAUAUAUAUAUAUAUAUAUAUAUAUAUAUGUAUGUAUGUAUAUGUAUAUAUACAUAAAAAGAGAGAGAUAAAGUGUUGCUGUCUGCCAUGAGACUGACAGUGAAGUGUGUAAAUCUAGCUGUAGCAUAUGUCGUGUAUGCAUGCAUGCUUAUUUUAAUUAUAAGUUGUAUCUUGUUAUAUAUGUUUAAAUGGUUCUUUUAUGUUAAAGUUCUGUUUUGGUA